CGUCGAGCCGAGACACUGGCGCGAGGAAGAAGCCAGAGGUGGAGCAAAAGGACCAAAACUCGUCAAAGGAGGGUGGAGGGACAAAGGGUCGAGGAUUCGAGAUCGCGCGGUCAAAGUGUCGUUGUCGGUAACAAGUAACGAGCAUCAUGGCCGACAGGAUAUACCUGCCGAAUCCUGAGCUUGCAAAGCUCGCCCACUGCAAGAGCAUGGAGCAGUACAAGCACAUGCACGAAAGGUCCAUAAACCACCCCGCACAGUUUUGGGGCGAAAUAGCCAAGGAAUUUUAUUGGGAAACGCACUCGAGUGAGGACAAAUUCUUUUCCUACAAUUUCGAUCUCAACGCGGGUGACAUUUACAUCAAGUGGAUGGAGGGAGCCUCGACGAACUUGAGCUUUAAUCUGCUCGACAAAAAUGUCAAGAACGGAAAGGGCGACCAAAUAGCUUUCUACUGGGAAGGAAACGACCCGGACGACUACUCGCGCAUCACGUACCGCAAGCUCCUGCAGGAGGUGUGCCGUUUCGCCAACGUGCUCAAGUCCAAGGGGGUGCAAAAGGGCGACCGCGUGGCCAUCUACAUGCCGAUGAUCAUGGAGCUGCCCAUAGCGAUGCUCGCAUGCACGAGGAUCGGCGCCGUCCACAGCGUCGUGUUUGCGGGUUACUCGGCGGACUCGCUGGCGGAGCGAAUGUCCGACUCGAAGGCCAAGCUCCUGAUCACGGCGGACGGGGUCUGGCGGGGCGAGAAGCUGCUCCUGCUCAAGUCCAUCUGCGACGAGGCGCUCGAGAAGGUCAAGAGCCACGGCCACGAGGUCGAGUGUUGCGUCGUCGUGUCCCACCUCAGGCGGCUCUCCUCGCCCCAGGGGAACAACUCCUCCGCGGGUAACAUACCCUGGGACGACGACAGGGACGUCUGGUGGCACGACGAGAUGGAGGACGCCGAGCCGAGCUGUUACCCGGUGUGGAUGGCCGCGGAGGAUCCCCUCUUCGUCCUCUACACGAGCGGCUCGACGGGCAAGCCAAAGGGGGUGCUGCACACGACCGCCGGUUACCUCAUCUACGCGGCAACGACCUUCAAAUACGUCUUUGACUACCACCCUGGGGACGUUUACUGGUGCACCGCCGACAUUGGCUGGAUCACCGGGCACACCUACGUGGUGUACGGGCCGCUCGCCAACGGCGCCACAUCCGUACUGUUCGAGGGGACUCCGUUCCAUCCGGCGAACGACAGGUACUGGUCGGUGGUCGACAAGUACAGGGUGACGCAGUUUUACACGGCCCCCACAGCCAUCAGGUCUCUGAUGAAGUUUGGCGACGAAAACGUCAAAAAGCACGAUCUGACCAGUCUCAGGGUUCUAGGCUCGGUGGGCGAGCCGAUCAACUCGGAGGCCUGGCUGUGGUUCUACAACCUCGUGGGCCACGGCAAGUGCAGCAUCGCCGACACCUUCUGGCAAACCGAGACCGGCGGCCACGUGAUCACACCCCUGCCCGGAGCGACACCCAUGAAGCCCGGAUCAGCCACGUUCCCGUUCUUUGGGGUGCAGCCAGAGCUGUUGGACGAGGAUGGCCACGUGAUCGAGGGCGAGGGCGAGGGUUACCUGGUCUUCCGCAGGCCCUGGCCCGGCAUGAUGCGCACACUAUACGGCAACCACGAGCGCUUCCAGACCACCUACUUUGACCGGUUUCACGGCUUCUACUGCACGGGUGACGGUGCACGGCGGGACAAGGACGGCUACCUGUGGGUGACGGGCCGCAUAGACGACAUGCUGAACGUGUCGGGCCACCUGAUGUCCACCGCCGAGGUCGAGAGCGUGCUCGCCGAGCACUCGUCGGUCGCCGAGGCGGCGGUAGUCAGCAAGCCCCACCCGGUGAAGGGCCAGUGCCUCUACUGCUUCGUCACCCCCAACGAGGGCAAGCCCUUCGACAAGAAACUACAGGACGAGCUCAAGAAGAAGGUUCGCGAGAGGAUCGGGCCGUUCGCCCAGCCGGACGUGAUCCAGCAUGCCCCGGGCCUUCCGAAGACCCGCUCGGGCAAGAUAAUGCGGCGAGUGCUCCGGAAAAUCGCCACCGGGGACAGGAACGUCGGCGACACCUCGACGCUGGCGGACGAGGCGGUCGUCGAGCUGCUCUUCUCCCUCAGGCCACAGCAGGUCUAAGACUCGUUUCUACUGUCGUUGUACACCCGGGACUCGUUACGGGGGACUAGCCGUUGUUGUUGUCAUGUUGUUGCUGCUGUUGAUGUCGCUCGCGUAGUAUAUAAUCCUCAAACAGGUGUAAACCUUCCAACUUUUAACCAUUCAACUGUAUGAAUGGUAUUUUCUUGUUUGCGAAAUUGCUCGACCCCUCGCCUCGUUUUUUUUUUUUUUUUUCUUUUCUUUCCUCGCAGGUGCUCUUGACUCGGUUGUGCACGAGAUGAUCACGAUAAUUCGUCGUGGAUUGGAUAAACUUUGUUCGAGUUCUCAUUUGCGAGUUCGGGAAACGCGAGCGAUCGAGGACGAAUGGGGGAAAAAAAAUAAAAUAGGUCGAGUGUUGAUCGAAGUCGUCUCCCCUCUCGUUGGAAAUUAAGUAGAGUAGGCAGGACGCGAUGGAAAAUCAAUCGUUAAAUAGUUACUGCCGCGAUUCUGCACUUGCGAAAAAAAAGAGACAGAGCCCUCCGUGUUGUACGUAGGAAUUUGUAAUGUCUCAUUGGUUGUUUUUUUUUUUUUUUUUUGUUUUUUUUUUUUAACGUUUAUCUCUUACACAUAUUGUAUCGUAAAAGUUUUUACGGCAAAACCAUACAAUGAGGCAUCGCAACGUCAAUUAAAAAAUUAAACGAUAAUUUUGAAGUACAUGGACAACCUUAUUUUGUAUUUCUACCUCGGGUCGCAUUUUUAUAAAACAUCAAAUUGUAUUUCACCGAUUUCAAAUGACCGUGUAUUCGAUAUUACAACUACAAUCACAAUCCUACGUAGGUACAUAUUUCAUGGAAAGACUACUGCACGUGCUUUAUUGAUGUAUCCUUGUACACCUACAUUGUAUUGCGAUGAAGCAGAGUAACGUUGCACGCCUUUGAAACGAAUUUUAAAAAGUAAGAAAUGUUGGAAAAAAAAAAAGAAAAAAAAAUUAGCAACACGUCCUUGGCACAUUGACAAAAUACCGCGUGCACGGCUUUGUUAUACAUAAUAUAUGAUAUUACUUACUAGCGCGCACACACCGAUCGCACCGAUCGUACAGUCUCAAGAGAUAUACAUAUACAUAUAAUAUUUACAUACUUAAGCAUAAUGCCAUAAAUAUAUAUAUAUAUAUAUAUAUUGUAUACUAUACAGUAUGGAGGAGAAAUAUGUUGAAUGUACGAGAAGAAAGAUAAUUUGUUCGAGGGAAAGUCGAAUGGCGAAAGUAUAAUAUUUAAGUGUACGUGUGUUUUCAUCGUCGGGCACAACGACUGCGUGAAUUUUCGACAUCGCGAUUUCUCGCGAAAAGUAAAACAAAUGCGAAUUAUCUGUAGAUCGAUAUUUUUUUUAUAUCAUUAUUCAACAACCUCAUUAUUGUAAUUUUUUAUUAUUAUUAUUAUUAGAGCGGAAAUUGCACAGUGUACAGUUUCUACAUAGUUUAAAAUUAGCGCUUUUACAUAAUGCUUAUUCGUUUAUAAAUUCAUUCAUUCGUUUUUGCAUUUAAUCAAAAUAUAUGUACACACAAUGUAUACUUGUAUGCACGUAUAUUUUUUUAAGGGAUAUUGACUUUACGCUCGCACACGAGAAGGAAAGAAAAAGCCUAUAGUUGUAAAAACGUACAAGAGAAAAAAAACAGCUGAUCCUGCUGGUUGUACAAGAUUUCCUGCACACAUGAUCAUGUACCUAUGCACGUGCGAUUUUUAUGACGCGCACAUGCGACACGAUAUUAUAUAUAUAUAUGAGUUAUGAUCUGGAAUCAACUGAUGUAUAUUUUAAUAAAAAAUAAUAUAGAUGUAUAAGGGCGUUGAAAGUAAUAGAGAAAGUAAUAAUAUAGUUGUAAGCACAAGUUUUGCAAAAGAGAUACAGCGGAACAUACAAUAAUAACAAUAAUGUUGUUAUCGAUGGAAAAGCAACAAAACAGAAUUAAAGCAAUGUUCCGAUCGUCGUGUACAGAUUUUUGUGAAUUUACGCGAAUAAUCGAACUGUUGAUGAAAGUCUGUCAUGUGAUGUAAUACACGUGUAUGUAUAUUUAAAUUACCGUUCGAAUAUACUGUGAGCGUGUAUUAUGUAUAAAGAGUACGUAUUUUCCAGGUAAAAAGUCUGCUUGUUCGAAGUUAAAAUGAAAAGAAAAAAAAAAAAAAAAAAAAAAAAAAGAAAAACCUGUUUACCCAUCAGAGUGACGCAUGACCCCAAAUGUAAAGUCAAUGUAGUGUUUUUCGAUGCACUUUAAUGAAACGCAGAAAACACGUAUCCACACUUUAGUCCACCGCCACGACUAAUCAAGAUGAAUAAUGAUGAAAAUUUAUUCUCAUUUCCAGCGCACCAAAUCGAUUCUUAUUAAUGUGCUUUGAAAAUUCUUAACGCAGUCCUGCCUCUCGGAUUAUUGUUGUAUAUAUAUAUUGUUGAAAAACAAUUCAAAUACGAAUUUUAAAUGCUGCGUCAAGUAUUUUUUUGAAACGUGUAUUGAAAAACAAGGUUUUGGAGUAAACGAAAAAAAUGAGCAUAAAAAGAGAAAUUUACUUCCAUACAUGUUGGAACUGUAAUGACUAUUUAUAGGAUAGUAAGAAAAAAAAAAAAAAAAUAUAGAUGAUAAAGAAAAUAUAUACAUAUAUAUGACCUAUACGUUGCAUAAGCGCGGGCGCACAUGAAAAA